AUGGCGAUGAGAUAUUGCGCGUUGCUUGUCAUCUGCUUGACAUCCGACUUCGCGGCUGGCAAUCUGAUUUCGCAGAACAACACCUUCAACUCAACUUUUCGCUUGACACCCGCCCAGAUUGCAGCCACGAACCUCACUAACGCGACGGUUCAAAACGUGGAGAUCGCUCUCAGGUUCGAGCGCAGCAACAACGCUGGGUAUCUAAUACAGGAUGAUCCAUUCUAUCAUGUCCCGGCAUCAUACAAUUCCCAAGAUCCACCACCUCCUGGAACCAUACUCAAGGUAGAGGAGCAUACCAACCUUACCCUGUACACAAUCCCAAACAGCAUCUCGAUGUCUCGCUUCCUCUACGUCUCGGAGACGUUCAAUGGCUCAUCUGUGCCGGCUUCAGCAUACGUUCUGGUAAAGAUAUCCGCAAGCGCUCAGCCGAUCGAGGACUAUGCUAACAACGCGACAAAUUUGACAGCUUGCAAGGACGGCAACGCCAGUACUGGCCCGCUCUAUCCCACUAUUGGCCUUUGUCACGGAACUUCUGGUCAGACACAAGCUUGCGCCCCAUCUGGAUUGCGCAGCUUGUGGGAUGACUUCCACGAGCCAUUCGCCCUUGCGUUGGCCGGUUAUGCUGUUGUGGCCCCCGAUUAUGUAGGUCUUGGUGUGCCCAACAUCACGAGCCCGUACUUCAUCCUUCCCAGCCAAGCAAACGACUUGUAUCACUCGGUAGCUGCCGCCCAAUCUCAUUGGCCGGGCAUGCUGUCGAAGGAGUUUGUGAUUGCUGGGCAAAGUCAAGGAGGAGCUGUAGCGUGGGCGGCUGCACAGAGGCAACAUCAGCGUCCUGUCGAAGGCUAUCUCGGCACGAUGGCUGCAAGUCCUUUCACUGACGUUAUUGCUGAUAUUGUCGCCGAUAACGCAGCGGAGAACAACGCACGAGUCGCAGGUAUCGCCCAGGGCUUAGAUACUGUGCUACCGGACUUUAGCAUUUCGGAUUGGCUGACACCUCUUGGUGUUGCGCGAUGGAACCUCGUCCAGGAGAUCAAAGGUUGCGGCACAACUGGUGGACAGCUUUCCGCUGCAGAGGGUGGAACCCUUCAGAUCUUGAAAGAUGGCUGGAACGAGACCUGGGCUGCGGACUGGUACCGUAACAACACAAUGAACGGUGGAAAAGCUUUUGCAGGACCGAUGCUGGUUAUUCAGGGCACACAAGACCCGAACGCCAAUGAGCCAGUAACAUCAAAGAGCGUCAACGAGACGUGUGUACUGUAUCCCGACAGCCAGCUUGAGUACAUCAGAUGGGAGAACAUCACUCAUGUGCCUGUGCUCUACGCCGCCCAGCAUUUGUGGCUGGACUGGAUCAAAGAUCGAUUUGAUGGGGUGGCUGCAACAGAGGGCUGCAGUGUCGAGACCAAGAGUCCCCCACGAGGAGUCAAUGGCGUACAAUUUGCUGGAUUCAACGACAACACAUGGUUUAUCGAAUAUGAUGUAUAUGGAAUCUAG